AGGAAACGAUAUGAUCAAAAAUAUACGAACACUUACUGUUACGAAUACGUCUUCAAUUUACUGUGCAAUCAAAAAUAUACAUAUAUAAAUAGUAAAGUAUAUAAAAUAAUAGGAUCCGCGGGACCUUCCUGUGUACGUAAAACACAUUGAUGCGAAUACAUAGCAUUGAGGGAGGGAUUAAACACAAUCUCUAUCAUAAAGUUAUUGCUGUAACUUUGGAAGAUGAGCACUGUGGAUGAACCAAACCAAAGUCAACAGCAACAGCCAUCUACCAGCAAUGAAUCGCCGUUUGAGGACUACAUGUUGCACGUGCAUAUGCCGAACAAGAGCUUCAAAGCAAUACGUUUUAAUGAGAACGACAGUGUUUUUAAUAUCAUAAGAAGAACCGUCGAUCUAGGCAAAGAUGGUCAGACAACAAGUAUUCAACGUUACGCAUGUCGAAUGAUAAAUGUUAUCACAAAAGAGGUGCUGUGGCUGGCAAGGUCCACGCCAAUGAACAAGGUGCUGUCCCAUAUAUUGACCCAGUCAUGCUCAAACGUAGAUUGUCCAAACAAUGACAAGGCGAAGGCGGAACUUGCUGAAAAUAAAAUUCAACAUCAGGGAAAACGGGUCAUAAACAACACCGUUUGGCGAGUGGAGUUACGUGUGCGUUAUGUUCCCAACAGUAUUCAGAAUCUAUUUGAUGAAGAUAAAACUACGUGUUUUUAUUACUUUGAUCAGGUGAAGGAGGAUUUUAUUCAAGCUAAUAUAUCCGUGGAUGUGGAACUCGCGGUUCAAUUAUGUUGUUUAGGGAUUCGUCACUUUUUCAAAAAUAUAACGGUUAAAGCCCCGGACAAGAAACAACACAUCGACUACAUUGAAAAAGAAAUCGGAUUCAAGAGUUUUCUUCCCAAAACUGUGAUAGCCACAACAAAGCCAAAGAAUCUUAAAAAAAUGAUACAGGUCGGAUAUAAAAAGGUCUACAAUUUUAACGAUAUCGAGUAUUUGACGAAGUUUUUCGAAUUGCUGAAGAAUUGUUACCUGACAGAGUAUGAACAAUUUUCGGUUACCUUGAGUUCGGCGUGGAAUAUAUCAGGAAUAUUGCAUGUUGGUCCACACAUCGGAAUCUCUUACCAGACACAUCCCCAAGCAAGUCUAACAAAUGUGGCACAGUUCAAAGAUGUAAUUUCUAUUAAAACAUGCACUCUACCAAAGGAAAAGAUAUCAAAGGAACUCGUUACUGAAUCUGAAUUAGCUAAUUUAAAUUGCAAUUGUCCAAAAAUUAAGACUCAAAUCAAAAUCUCGACAUCAAACAACGAGGAGGAUUUGGUUAUAACAUGCAACGGGAUCAAUACGGCUGAGAGCAUUGCCGAUUUAAUUGAUGGAUAUUGCAGAUUAUUAUCAAAGAAUUUAGAAUUCACUAUUUGGAAGCGGGAAAUGUCCUCAUCCCAUUCCGAAAGUACGGCAUCAAGUGAAACCCCUGCAGAAAUACAGAAAUCAGAAACAAUCCCUGCCAAACCCAUGCUAACAGACGAUUAUGCAGAAAUAGGUUUAAUGGAGUGUGAGGGUGACUAUUCGACGCCCACAGUUCGAAAUUACGAGCUGAAUCGCUCACAUAUUGAGCUUGAUGUAAAAAUUGGAGUUGGCCAAUUUGGAGAUGUAUAUGUUGGCACUUAUACUUUACCAAAAUCGGCGAAAAAGAAAAACUCUGGUUCUGAUGCCGACAACGAGAGGCAUCAAAAAAAUAGUGACGGUAAACCAGAUGUCAUUCAAGUCGCCAUUAAGACUUGCAAAUCAAAUGACGAUCCCGAGAAAACUGAAAAUUUCCUAGCGGAAGCUUAUAUAAUGCAAAAGUUCGAUCAUCCUCAUAUUAUUCGACUGAUUGGUAUAUGUAGUGUGAUGCCCAUUUGGAUUGUUAUGGAAUUGGCUAAGCUUGGUGAAUUGCGGGCCUAUCUCAAGGCAAAUAGUGAAAGAUUGACGCAAGGCACUUUACUUAAAUAUUGCUACCAGCUUUCAACUGCUCUUAGCUAUUUGGAAUCAAAGAAAUUCGUCCAUAGAGACAUUGCAGCUCGCAACGUACUUGUAAGCACGCCAACUUGCGUUAAGCUUGCUGAUUUUGGAUUGUCACGCUGGGUAUCUGAGCAGUCAUAUUAUCACUCAAGUAUAGGUAUGUUGCCCAUAAAAUGGCUGGCUCCAGAGUCUAUCAACUUUCGGAGAUUUACGACAGCGAGCGACGUAUGGAUGUUCGCGGUUUGCAUUUGGGAGAUUCUAAUGUUGGGUGUGAAACCAUUUCAAGGCGUUAAAAACUGUGACGUAAUUUCAAAGCUAGAAAAUGGAGAGCGUUUGCCCCUUCCUCCUAAUUGUCCCCCCAGACUAUAUUCUCUUAUGUCUCAGUGCUGGGCAUAUGAGCCAUUAAAAAGACCAAAUUUUAAGCGCAUUAAAGAAACAUUAUACGAAAUUUUACUCGAAGAUAGUGUAAGCGCAUCCGAAACAAUGCGACGAGAACAUCGCCGAUUAGCCACGCUAUCCUGGAUAGGAAACGAAGAAUCCGAUAUUCCACCAUUGAAGCCGGCAAGAACAGUGCAUGAUUUUGAUAUUCCAAAUAUGGCACCAAACGCUGACGAAAAUACCACAGGACUGCAAACAUAUAUAAUAGCCCAAAAUCCUGCGGUACUCGCCAGGCUAAUGAUGGAAAACCAGAAACGAGGCAUCAAUCCAGCAGCCUAUACUACACCUGCUUCGGUAUUUAAUACUUUAGCUGUAGGCAUAGACGACAGCAAAUCAAAUGUCUCACUUAAAACUACUAAGCUCCCCGCAGCUGAGAUGUUAAAACUAGACCCAAUCGCCGAAUAUGAAAAAUUUAAAUUUAAAUGUCCACCAAAUAGCGCUUCUACACACAAUCUUAAUCCACCUUCUGUCACUAGCUCAUAUGAUUUAAGCAGUGUUCCCCAUGCUUUGCACAUUAAACCACAACCCAGCGUAGAUCCCAACGGUGUGCUAUCAAAGAGCAGCUUUGUUGUCUGCCAACCACAACCGCGCACCGAACAAACCGAUGCAACUUCCAGUGGAGCCACGGCAAAUAUAGGGUAUAGCUUAUAUGGCAGUCUCGAGCGACAUCAGCCUCCGCCGAUUAAAAUGAUGCACUCCAAGGGUGGCAGUCUAGAGCGUCAUCAAUCUUUGAUGACGGCCCAAAAUAUGUUGCUUUACAAUACUGGCAACAAUUCGGAAAAUCUAUCCAACUACAAUAGUGUGCCAGAACGCUCUAGGAGCAUGGAACGCAACACGUAUUUCCAUGCCUAUCGCCAGCAAAUGAAAACAUCAAUAGAAUGCGAGGCGCUACCCGAAGAAAUAUACGACUUUGGAGGGGCUGGACUUAAAACUUGUGUUUCUGUCAAACAAAAGAGUGAAUGUGCUGCUGCAUUGCUUAAGGAAUGUACUAGUGAAUCAAUAAACACAACGGCUCCAAAACAUGAUGCCGUAAUUGGAUGUAAUUUAAUGCACCAAAGUCAAUAUUGCCCUGUGAUGGUCACAUAUCAAGGACAGCAACAAUGGCCACCGCAGCUACCUCUUUCCCAAGCUGCAGCUACAGAGGUGCCGGGCACGUUUAGCCCAUUGUUAGAAAAUGAUUCCGCAAAUGGGGCUGCUUGUGUAGCUCUACUUGGCGAUAAUGUUUCGAAGCAGUCGAAUCAGGACAUGUUAGGUGAGAAACUAAGGCAACAACGCAAAGACAGCUGCAGCGAUGGGGACUGGCUGUACCAAGAGGAAAUACUGAGGCGUCGGUCUAGUUCGACAGUCCCUGGAGCCGGCUUCGAUGUGAUGCAACACCAACAAAUAUUCAAACAAGAUUUUAUGCCUGGUGGCCCAUCAAGUUUGCCAGACUGCUCCAAUGCAAGUUCCCGACCCCUAACACCCAACUCUAAUCUUUUUGCGGCUAAGUCAACCAACUCUUCCGCGGACCACUUAGCUGGGGAAGAUCAUACAAGCGCCAAAACAAGAAAUGGAGUAAGCAGUUCCGGGCGGCCAACAAUUAACCGUGCCAACGAUGAGGUUUAUUAUGCGACAACGGCGGUGGUUAAGUCCAUAAUGGUGCUGUCUCAGGGUGUGGAAAAGGCACACAUUGAUGGCUAUUUGGACUUAGUUAAAAGUGUCGGAGUAGAGCUGCGUAAGCUGCUUGCCUCUGUAGAUAAGAUUUCAGUACUUUUUCCUGCCCAAGCUUUAAAAGAAGUCCAAAUGGCGCACAAAGUUCUCUCGAAAGAUAUGCACGAAUUGGUCUCAGCCAUGCGAUUGGCACAACAAUACAGUGAUACGACACUGGAUACAGAAUACAGAAAAAGCAUGUUAUCUGCUGCUCAUAUCCUGGCAAUGGACGCAAAAAAUCUCCUCGAUGUUGUGGAUUCUAUACGGCAGAGAUAUCAAAGCAUGUUUCCUUCAAAUUCAAAUGCUCUGACGCCCAAAGACACAAUUGGAAGCUCAAUAGAAGCGGAUUCAACCAUCCAGACCUCAUUUACAACAUCUCCGGCUAGCGUUGUUGAACCUCUAAAGGUAAACGCCGAUGGCUUCCAUAUGAGAACAACCACAUCGGCGGAAACCCUAUACGAUAAUGAAAACUUACAUCUAACUUUUAACACUCAUCUUAAUCUACAAAAUACCGAAGACAAAGCAUCAGGAAGCGCACAUAAAAUGAUUGGCAUGAGUGUGGAUGCUGGAAGAACGUCAAACGAACCUUUGAAAAUAGUUGAAGAUACUCCGAAUAGCUCGAGCGAUCAUAUGUAUUGCAACACUUCCGCAUUACAUGGGCACGCGUAAUGGAUAUUUUCUAUAUAUAUUUAUAAACAAAAUCCAUGUAUUUUGAAAACAACAGCUUAUCACUUCGCUAUAAGUGUACAAAAUACGCCCCAUCCUCGUCACCGAUCUGUGACGAAUCUUAACUUCGGCCGGCCGCAGCUUAAUUCAUUCGCAAUCGUCAUUUAGUCAAGAUACUAUUAAGAUAUAAAGACGUGUUUAUAACCCUAAAAAUACCCUAACGAUAUUCCUCUACUGCUGGAAUUUAUUUCCGUUUCUUUAUAUGAAAAAAAAAAUCA